AUGGGCCAACCCGACACAGCUAUCGGCUCUGAGGCUGCCAACACGGCCGCGACGACAGCCACUCCCAAGAAGCCUGCGUCGGCGCCCGAGAAGAAGUACAAGUGCCAGUACUGCAAUCGAGCCUUCAGUCGAAGCGAGCAUCGGAGUCGACACGAGCGAUCGCACACCAAGGAGCGCCCCUUCAAGUGCCAGAAAUGUCGAAGCACCUUUGUCCGUCGAGAUUUGCUCCUGCGCCACGACCGAACUGUACACGCGAAGGAUGGCGGCAUCCCUUUGCAAUCUGAAAGCCGAAAGAAAUCAGGGACAGGUGCAGUGACCAAGACGUCGUCCUCAGCGGCCGUACCGUCAAAGCCCUCGAUCAACAUCGACGCUGGCACGUUGGAGCAGAUAGAGGCAAGCAGCGAUGGUAUGCUCGACCUUGAAACUGCCGCCAUGUUGAUGACAGACUUCCAACACAAGGCGGCAGCAGCAGCAGUGAACGGCCAUCUCCAGAACGGCGAAGGAUCCAUAACCAGUUACUCUCCCGACCGUAGCUCUCUCCUCGAAUCCUCUGACUAUUUGAGCGGUCCCAACAGUCUGCCACAUAUGCCCUGGGACACCUUUAUGCCACAAGGCCCAUCGGAACCAAAGGCCCACUCAAUGUCGAGCAUGUCUUCUCAAGAUAACCUCUCUCAACCGCCCUACGUCCACAUGGGAUCGAUACAGCCUCAUCAAACGCAUCUCCCGCCCAUCAUGGAACGUCAUAACUCUCUCGGCGGUUCUCUCCCACCGACGUUCCCAUCGCUAGCGGACUCCUUCCCGGUCUCUGCAACUCCAACGCCAAAUGCGCUGUCCCCGUUUCCGUCAAUGACUGGUCCUGUGUCUCCGGUGAACUAUCGCAAGUCACCAGGUCCCGCCCAACCCCUUUCUUUGCCCAAAGCUCCUCAGUUCAAAAACGAGAAUGAAAGAGCUAGUAUCGCUAACCAGUUAGGCGGGGACAUCGCGUUACCACCUUUACCUUCUAUCAAUCUCUACCUUACCACGUACUUCAACCUGUUUCACCACCAUAUGCCGUUUCUCCAUCCUGUCAGCUUCUCUCCUGAGAAUACUGAGCCGGCUCUACUUCUUGCCGUUCUGUCCAUUGGAGCGUUGUACAACUUCGAACAAGAACAAGCAUACCUCCUUCAUCAUGGUUCCAAGAAGCUUGUCAAUCAGUUUCUGCAGAAUAAAGACAACUUCGACUCCCGCAAAUGCCCACUUUGGACAAUGCAGAGCACCCUUCUGAAUAUGGUUUUUGAGAGCUGGAGUGGCGGUUCUCAAGGCUUGGAAUGGGCAUGCUCCAUCAAGAGUUUGCUUGCUAAUAUGGUUGCUGGCAACAAAUACGAGCUCAAGCUUCGAAUCGAUGGACGCUCAGGUGCCCCCCCAACUCACGAAGAGUGGGCCGCCGAAGAAGGAUGUCGAAGGACCUACUACGCAGUCUACAUCUUCUUUGGGAUGUUGACCCUGACCUACAAUCACACCCCAGCCAUCAGCUUCAACGAAUUCGAUUCACUGCCUCUUCCGUCCUCGGAAUCCCUUUGGAACAUCGAACCCUCCGAUGAAGAUUCUUGGCAAGAAAUCUUUGCGGCAUCGCCAACUAUUACAGUCCGCGAGGCGCACGAUAGCCUGUUCCAGGGAGAUCCUGCCCGCUACAGUGCUUUCGCGACCCGAGUAAUGAUCAAUGCCCUGUUUUUGGAAGUGUGGAAUUUGAGACGGAGCUUUGAAUCCUUGCAGGACGUGGUACUAGAGUGGAAGAUUCGCAUCGCCUUGGAGACCUGGGAGCGAUCUCUGGACCUGUGUGAACCCGAAACUAUCGUCGUGCCAUUGUCCACACCCCACAAGAGUCACCCGCUCAUCUUCAACUCCAUGGCUGUCUACCGAAACACGAGGGCUUUUCUUGAAGUGGACCUUAAGAAUGUCCAGGAAGCUUUGCGGUAUCACAAUUCCUUCGAAAUCGCCGGCGCGAUGACGCUUUCCCGCGACAACGUGAAGAGGACCAAGGAAAUGAUCAAAGUGGUCGAACAAUGCUACGAGUGCAUGGAAAUUGUUGCCAUGCAAGGCAUCAACUGGGUGACGAAGACCUCUGCCACUAACUGGAGUAUCGAAUUUCCUCUCUGUGGUCUCGAACUCAUUACCAUUCUCAGCUUAUGGCUAUAUCGCAUAGAGCAUGACGAUCAAGAAGCGACCGAGGAGGAGCUUGCUAUGUAUAUGAAAGUGCGUGGGUUAUUCGACGACGACGCUGUUGAUUCGAAUGGCUCUCGUUUGAGUUCAACAGUCGCCCGCGUUUGGGGUACAAUGCUGGACGGUGUUGUGGUUUGGGGUAUCUCCAAAACCAUGGGCGAAUCAUUCAAGCUACACGCUCAAGCUCUGGUUGGAUAUAUUGAUGAACUACCCAUAGAUCCAGUCACGGGCAUGCCCCAAGUACCGGAUCAGACUUUGAUGGGUAUGGAAACAGCAUACUAA